AUGAUCCCUCUUGGUGGCUGGCCAUCGAUGCAAUUCGGUUUUCUAGCUAUUUUGGAGGUUCAUGCAGAGCAGUCAAAUAUUAAGCUGACACAAUCUAACCUUGGCUACAUUUUCGCAGUUGCUGCCUUUGUUGGCGUGGUGUAUGACUGGGCCCUUACAUUUGGACAAGAGGUCGAAUUGGUCUGGAUGCAACGUUGGUCUCUGAUGACGUUCCUGUAUCUCGGCGUGCGCUACCUCGGAAUCUUAUUUGCUGCCCUGAGCAUGUUUUUCAGUCUUCCGACCAUCUUGGUGACAGAUACAGUGAGUCUUCUGUACACAUGCUACUAUUCUCCUCCGAUUAAUCGCGGUGCCCUGUAG